AUGAUCGCGGCCACGCAGUCCGAGGGCAGCGCUUAUCAUCGUUCAUCACUGCCUCAUGCUUCUACAACAAGUUCGGUAACGUCGUCAGAGCAAUGGACGUCUGCCCGAUCAUCGGCUUCUGCUACCUCCACAUUAAUCCAACCACCUCCCACAUCAGCUCGCGGGGCCACACCAACAACAACAACGGUAUUUAGACACCACCCAUCAUCAUCAACAUCAUCAUCGGCAUCGCAUUCUUCAACGCCAAUACACACCCACCAACAGCAUUCCCAUCCCGAACAACCGCAUCCCACAUCCACCCCUGCCACACCUUCUCCCAGAUCAAGACAAUCACCAGCACGAUCGGGUCGAAGAUCAGAGGACUCGGCACCCGUAAUUCUACAGAAUUUAUCACAAGUAGUCGAGUUGCCUAGAGAGGAGCCUUUACCGCAUUCCCCAUCUCGGAGGAAUCGCAGCGGGGAAGAGGAUAGGAAGCGGUACGAGAUCAGCGGAAUGCCAGUAACGGAUGUAAUAGAGAUGGUAGCGGGUCUUUUAACAAAGAUCACGACCACAAACGAUCAACAACAUUCACAAAUGCACCGAGGCAUACCCCCGCCAGAAACCAGCGGCAUGAGCAAUACCACAAACAGCGUUCUAGCAUUCCACGGGAAAAAUGUUCCCAGCAUAACAAUUCUCAGCUACCUAUCUCGGAUACAUAAAUACUGCCCAACAACAUACGAAAAACCCACCAUUGAACUGGAAGGGGGGGUCCACGGUCUCAAAUGGGGAACUCAGCUCUCCUGGCUUGUCAUUGCUGGCGUAACAUGUGCUUCGAAGUUCUUCUCUGAUGUUUUUUAUACAAAUUCUAGAUAUGCAAAAGUUGGCGGUUUACCAUUACAAGAACUAAACCACCUAGAACUUCAAUUUCUCAUUCUCAAUGAUUUCCGACUUGCCGUGCCCGUAGAGGAGCUGGAGGCAUAUGGGACAAUGCUGGUGCAAUUCUAUGCACGAGAAGCGGUGGCCAAUGCGGAUCUUAGGGGAAUAGGUCCUCCAGCGGACCCAGCGGCGAAUUGA